CGAUAGGAUUUGGAAGAAGAUUUGGCAGCAGAACAUGAUCAUCUAUCGACUGGAGUCCAAGAUAAGGGAAUUAUGGCAAGUCAUCAAAAGUUUAAUCAUGCAGUACACGCAAUUGAUUCUCUGUAGUCAACAUGAUUCCAACAAUCUGGACAUUUGUUGUUCUGUAGAGCAUGCUGUGGAAGAGAAAGAUGAGUUUUUAACACCGGCAAAUGAGGAAAAGUCAAAUGUAUCAUCUGAACCUAUUGUUGAUGCUGAAAGCAAGGGAGAUGACGCAUCUGAGAAUGCUGAGGAACUGUCAAAGGAAGAGUUGGGUCAACAUGUUGCUUCUCGUCGGACAGGGGAGAAGACAGAGAAGGAAAGCGGGGAAGACUUUGCAAGAGAUAAUAAUAAUGAGGAACAAAGUAGGGAGAUCCCAAAAGACAUGCGUGAUGGUAUUGAUGAUAUAUAUGCGUUAGAAACUGCUGACAGCGAAAAGAAUGAGUAUGAUAACGUGGAAGAUGCGUUUGAUGAAGAUUCUGCAGUGAACGAUCAUUAUGAUUUCAGUUCUCAUUACAAAGAUGGAUCAGAUAGUGACUCAGACGAUGAAUUAGACUCUGAAGACUAUAAUUUGCUCGAGGAAGCGAAGAGGGUGACUGAAGCAGCUCACAGAACAAGAACUAAAUUAAGUGUGCAUCCUUAUUUUAAGUUGCCGUUUCCCCUCCAAAACCUCCGGCGUGCAGCUGCUAGUAGGAGAACGAAACUCUUGUUCCUUCCAAGUGGACUGUUAAAAAGGGGCCGAAAUCAGUCUCGAUAUGAGCAAAGGAAGAAAUUUAUUUCAUGGACGAUUGAAUGGCACUUUCACUCGACAAAUGUGGUAUUAUGUGACCAUGGAAUACAUGAGGACAUGACCCUUCAUCUUGAUGCAGAGGAAGUCUCGUCUGAGGAGACUGUUUCGGGUCAUCCCGAGAGUGACACUGAUCCGUAAAUUCAAGGCAGGGGAGUGACAAUCUAUGGAAAUCACAAUUCUUUCAUGGGACUGGAAGCGUUAGAGUGCUUUGCAGAUGGCGGCAUAAAUUCUUUUCUUGUAGACUUUGAGCAUUGACAGUGAGCAAUGGAAACACAAAGAUAGGGACGAUUAGACAAAUUAGGACACCUCUGUGUAAAGCUUUUGUUAUAGAAAAUGAGAUUAUAGUGUUAGUUGAUGUACAUUCGUCUUACUCAAAUGUUGUAGGUGCUAGAUUAGCAUAAAGAUGAGUUAGUGCGGGCAUUUAACCAAAGUGAGGUUGCUGAGUGGCUCUGUCCAAUACAUCACCCUUAGAUCAAGUCAACUGGUGCAUUUACCUUCCUUUUCUUCGCUUGCCUUGUUCUAUCUCUCCAAGCUUUUA